AUGCCCUUUAAUCCCGAUUCAACUCCUCCUGAGACUUUACCAACGCUUGAAGAAAGCUCUGGAGAAAUAUGGACUCCUCUUUACACGCACGCCUGCUCGUUUCCUCCAGAAAUAUUUAGAGAGGUCAUGUUAAAUCUCAUACGCAACCCAAAUAUCAAUUCGAAUCAUCUAUUCCGAGCAGACAUAUCAUUGGAUUGUCCCUUCGAAGAUGGCGUCAUACCCGAGGCAAAUAUCCCCCCUAGAAUCACACAAUUCAAAGGCUUCACUCUCAAAUCUAUUAUGGUUCGAACUAUGAUUCCAAGAAAUGUGCUCGUCGAUAAACCCUUGGACCAGACAUGCAACUUCUACCACCAAGUGAACGAAGACGGAGAUAUAUUAUCCCUUGUAAUCUACCUGCCACAUAUCUCAUUGGCAUCAGAGUCGCCAUUCUAUCAUCCCGCUGUCCAUGGGAUAGCUUUUCUGCAUACAUUCAACCCCAAGACUCAGCAAGGAAUAGUUGCGAUUCACUACUCUUUUUUCGAUUCAGAGCCACGUUCAGUUAAAUUAGAGAGGACAGCACUACAUCUCCUGUCAGUACUUCAUAAGCAUGGCCAAGGGUCAGUUGCUGGAUAUGUGAAAAGAGUACAACACGAUGUUAUCCUGCCUCAAGCACGGGUUCAGAAUACAUACGCUCGACUCAAGACCAAGUAUGCAAGGGAUCUCGUGCUGAGAUGGGUUGAAUCCACGGACCCUGGCAAGCAUGUAUUUGAGGAUCUUAGCAUUGCUGCCUUUCUCAUUGAGUUAUGGGCCGAGAUGUACGAAGACAAAGCAUUCCCGGGAUUCGUCGACAUUGGUUGUGGAAAUGGACUGCUCGUUCACAUUCUCCUCGAGGAAGGAUAUUCGGGCUGGGGAUUUGAUGCUCGGAGACGCAAGUCAUGGCAAUCAUGGAGUCCGAAAGCUCAAGGAAAUUUGAAAGAACUGGUUCUCAUUCCUUCUAUCAUACAGUCAGCACCAAGUUCCACAACCAAACAUGGUUCCACAGUCCAGAAUAUUUCCAACUCGUCGAGUGGCCUUCAAUUACCUGACAUCCAGGAUCUCAGCGUGUGUAAAACUGAAGAUGCACAAGCGACUGGUACCCAUGACGGUAUUUUCCCCAAAGGAACCUUCAUAAUAUCCAAUCACGCCGACGAACUCACACCAUGGACUCCUCUCCUCGCCAACAUAUCCGAAUGCCCUUUCAUGAUGAUUUCUUGCUGCAGCCACUCUCUCAGCGGCUCUCGCUUUCGAGCACCUCCUCCAAAAGACGGCUCCUCCCGUUCAGCCUAUGCUUCUCUCGUUGUAUGGGUCUCCAAACUUGCCAAAGAUUGUGGCUGGGAAGUAGAGAAAGAGAUGCUACGGAUACCAAGCACGCGUAACACAGCUUUGAUUGGCAGACGGAGGAUGUUGCCUUUUGAUGAAGUUGAUGUUGUAGAUUUGGUAUUCGAAAAUGGAGGUGCAGCAGGCUGGGAGGAGAACGCAUUGAAGUUGGUCAAGGGCUCGGCGAGAGGACAUUAA